AUGCGCAAAUUUGGUUGCGUGGAACGACCGCUGGCCCGGUUCUUCCAUUGGUACGGCUCUUUUGUCUCACGGCAUCCGUUCCCAUUCAUUGCGUUUCCAGUUCUGAUCGCCCUCUAUUUGUCCACAGGAUUCUUCUAUUUGACCCCGACUACGGAUGCAAUCUACCUCUACACGCCAACCGAUGCACCGUCGAAAACGGAACGGCAGAUAAUCCACAACUUGUGGCCACUGAACGAAGACAACUACGUUCCUGGUCGAGCUGUGACGCAAAGUCGAGAGGCUCAGGUGUGUGUUGUCGCUAAAGAUGGCGGGAACAUCCUUCUUCCGCAGUAUGCACGAGCAAUCAAGCGGCUGGAUAUGUACAUUCAGAACAGAAUUCGGGUGAAAUUCCGUAAUAAAACCUACGUUUACCGGGACCUUUGUCUCCAAUGGAAGCAGAAAGGAUGUCCAGGAAACAACCACAUCCAGGUUAUUUCCGAACUCUACAACCAUGGUAUGAACAUUACCUAUCCAACCUUCCGAAUGGGAAGCAAAAGUGGCUACCUUGGUGCGGGACUGGGAGGUGUUUCCUUGAGCAAAGAUGACAAUGGUACUGUUAUCCUGGCCGGAGCCCGAGCGUGGCUACUGAUUUAUCAGCUAAAGUUCUUCCCCACGAAUGUUUCGUACAUUUCGGGAAUUUGGGAAAAGUUUGAACAAUCUGCAUUCUGCGAAAACUCAGAAUACAAAAAUCCGUACAUUUCUAUAACGUAUUUCCACUCGCAGACUUUGGCCGAGGAGCUGAAGCGAAAUGCGGACAGUUUGGUUCCCAGGUUCAUCACUGCUUUUGUGAUCCUUGUCGUUUUUGCUGUGAUCUGCUCUCUUGUCACAAUCAAAGGAACCUUCUACGUUGAUUGGGUUUUGUCAAAACCAAUCCUAUCAAUACUGGGUGUGGUGAACGCAGGAAUGGGAAUCGCUAGUGCCAUGGGUGGAUUGGUACUUCUCGGAUUGCAGUACAAUGACAUAGUAGCUGUGAUGCCUUUCCUUGUUGUUGCUGUCGGCACGGACAACAUGUUCCUGAUGGUCGCAGCGGUGAAGAGGACUUCGCGUGUGUUACCUGUCGAGCAGCGCAUAGGCGAAUGCAUGGCCGAUGCCGCAGUGUCAAUCCUCAUCACUGCACUUACUGAUGCCUUCUCAUUUGGCGUCGGCACAAUCACCACCAUUCCGGCUGUCCAGAUAUUUUGCAUCUACACAUGCUGUGCUCUUGUGCUCACCUUCCUAUACCAGAUUACAUUCUUCUGUGCUCUUUUGUCGCUGGCCACAAAAUGGGAAGGAGAAGGCCGGCAUUGCCUCUGGCUAAAAACUACUAUACCUCCAAAGGUACGAUUCUAUGGGCAUUUUCAGCUAGCCUCGUCCACAUCAACUCGACUCCUUUGGCUUGGAUCGCGUUCGCAUCCUGACCCGACGCAUGCUUCAAAUCGUAAACUAUGUGCUGCCACAAAGUUCUUUCAGGAUUGGUACGCUCCGAUUCUCAUGCAGCCAGCAAUCAAAGCACUGGCUGGUUUGUGGUACUGCAUCUACAUCGGAUUCGCAGUUUACGGCUGCAUUCACCUACGAGAAGGGCUCGAACCCGUCAAUCUUUUGGUGGACGACUCAUAUGCGAAGCCGCAUUAUCUUUCGCUCGAACGACAUUUCUGGCACUACGGUGCUACUCUUCAGAUUGUGGUUAGUCGAGCUCCAGACCUCCGCAAUCGUGAAGAAAGGGCUAGAAUCUAUUCGAUGGUCUCAGCUUUCGCCAACGCUCCUCACGCCAUAGGUGAUCAGAGUGUUCAGUUCUGGAUGUAUGAGAUGGAACGUUACUAUCGCACAGAGCUCAACACCACUAUCAAAGAUGAGGCCUUUUACGAGAUGGCAUCGCACUUCCUCUACACGCAUGACUCAGAUCCGUGGAUGGAAGACGUCAAAUGGAACCUCGAUGAAAACGAACGACCGUAUAUAUCUGCAUUCAGAUUCUUGAUUGGAAUGCGGGAUAUAUCAAGUACGACUCAACAGCAGAAGGCUACGAAAAGUUUUCGUGAGGUAGCAAUGGCUUUUCCCAAGUACAAUGUGACAACCUUCAUGCCGCUUUGGCUCUUCACUGAUCAGUAUGAUUUGGUUGUGCCAAAUACGGUCCAAGACAUCGUGAUUGCUGUGCUUUGCAUGCUGUUUAUUGCGUUCCUGCUGAUUCCUCAACCGUUCUGCGCUCUGUGGGUCGCUUUCACCAUCGGGUCGAUCGAUCUUGGAGUUCUUGGGUACAUGACUCUAUGGGGUGUAAAUCUGGACGCCAUUUCAAUGAUAACCAUCAUCAUGUCCGUCGGAUUCUCAGUGGACUACUCGGCUCACAUCACCUACGGUUAUGUGAUUUCAAAAGAACUCGAUCCACGAGACAGAGUUCGCGAUGCCCUUGGUGACCUCGGCUGGCCAGUGGUUCAGGGAGCUACUUCGACAAUACUGGCCGUUGUGGUUCUGGCUGACGUACCCGCCUACAUGAUCGUUACCUUCUUCAAAACAGUGUUCCUGGCAAUCUCGAUCGGUUUGAUCCAUGGUCUCAUCUUUCUUCCGUUGAUGCUUUCGCUGUUCGUUCGAGGUAACAAGUUACUAUUCUUCAUGAAAAUUCAUGAUCCUGCAUUCUGCAAAUCUUUCCUUUUCUUCUUCAACUUCAGACAGGGUAACAUGUUGCUUUGA